GUGCCUUCCCCCUCCCACCACUUUCUCUCUCACACAGAUUCACAUUCAAUACGUGUGAGACAAAAUCCAACACCAAGAUACAUCAUGUUUAUGUGAAUGUGUGUGUGUCUGUUGACAGACAGAAGGGCUAUGACAGAACAUGCCGAAAUUAAUCCUUUUAAAGUGAUGUAUAUUUACGACAUAUUUCAAUGAUGUAUGCAAAAAUGGAGCUUCAACUGGCCCUGUCUCUCUCUUCUUCUUCGUCUUCAUCUUCUACACAGUUUGAUCUGAACGAUCAGAACCAUGAAACUGUACAAGGAAAAGCCAUGUUUGGGUUCAUGAAAACGGAGGAUUUAUUGAAAAGGAAGCUCUGCGUUAAUGGCGAUGAUGAUGAAGAAGAGUUCCUUGUCCCUGAAACACUGCCUCUUCUUUUCUGCAACAAUAGUAACGACGAUUAUGGUGAUGAUGUGAAUGAAGUUGAAUCCACUUUUAUGUUCAUCAAUCACAAAAACGGUGGAGAUGAGAAUGGUGUAAUCGGGUGGCCACCGGUGAAAUCAACGAGGAAGAAGCUUUGCCACCAGAACCAUGGUGGCAGUGGUGGUGAUGAUGGUCGUCGAGGAAGCGGAGGGUCAAAGUCAAUGUAUGUUAAGGUGCAAAUGGAAGGAGAUGGAAUUGCAAGAAAGAUUGACCUUAACCUACACCAUUCUUACCAUACACUCGUUCACACGUUAGCCAAUAUGUUUGGGAAGUGUAAAGAAGAAGUGAAGCUUACGUAUCAAGACCAAGAAGGGGAUUGGUUGCUUGCUACUGACGUGCCUUGGGGAUCAUUUAUGGAGGCAGUUCAGCGUCUAAAACUACUAAGAAAUGCCAAAGUUGUUCAGCUCGACAAUGAACUACGUAAAACUACUAUCGACGAUUCAAAAAUCAUAGAAUAUUACAUUCGGAUCAAGGCGGUUGACGACUGGAUUGAUAAUAUUGAUGUUGCAGUCCCAAAAAAGAACCUUGUCAUGUACACCAUCAUUGGAUUGUCUCCCAAGUUCGAUUAUAUUGCCAAUUUAAUCCCAUCAUCCUGUGCACGUUCGUAUCUUCAUGAAGACAAUAUCCAUGCUUCUCCUUGA